AUGACCAGCACGCCCAACUCAUUCUCAUCUGACAGCAACUCCAUCAACCCAAAAGACAUCCUCGACCCGUUCGUCCUCGAGAACCUGGCAACCCACCAGAAAUUCAUGCAGCGAGCCAUUGACACAGCCGAAGAAGCACUCCGCGGCGGUGAGACACCCGUUGCCUGCGUCCUGGUCCAUGGUGGUGAAGUCGUUGCUCGAGGCAUGAACGACACCAAUCGCUCACUCAACGGCACCCGUCAUGCAGAAUUUCUUGCCUUGGCUGAAUUCUUUGAGAAGUUCCCGCCUAGCGAGUUGAAGAACACGGAUCUCUACGUUACGGUCGAGCCCUGCAUCAUGUGUGCUUCUGCAUUGAGACAGUAUGGUAUUCGCACGGUGUUCUACGGCUGUGGUAACGAUCGGUUUGGCGGGAAUGGGAGUGUGCUGUCGGUGCAUUCUGAUGAGAAUCUGGAUCCUCCUUACCCGAGCUACGGUGGGGUCUACAGGAAGGAAGCAAUCAUGCUGCUGAGGCGGUUCUACAUUCAGGAGAACGAGAAUGCGCCGAAUCCGAGAGCAAAGGGAAAUAGGGAGUUGAAGAUGGUUGUAUGA